AUGAAGGCUGGACACACAAACCGACGACCACAUUCCGCUCUCGAAUGGUAUAAACCGCUAAACUCUACCAUUAAGAUUAAUGUUGAUGGGGCCUACAGCACUUCUAGCAAUGUUAUUGUCAUCGAAAUUGUUGCAAGGGAUAAUCAUGGAAUGGUGGUUGGUGGGAUGUGUUGGCAAAUCCCCUACACAUUCACUGUCGGGUCCGCAAAAGUUAAAGCGUUCACGCAAGGGAUCAAGUUUGCACUUGAGAUUGGUUGGAACAUCGCGAUCAUCGAAGGCGAUACGAUUUCCAUUAUCAAUAGUCUCACUAAUCAAAGCGACACAGACGGAUUGUUACUCAACGAAGCACGAGGGUUCCUUGCCUCAAACAAUGGGCUUAAAUAUUUUAUUAACCGAGAGGUAAACAAGGUGGCUUACAACCUCACCCAAUUUGCUUUUUGA